GCCCGCCUCCUCCGCGGCCACUCCGCCUCUUCCCUCCCGCCGUCCCUUCCUCCUCUUCCUUCCUCCUUCCCCUCCUCGCCGUCACCUCCGCCGCCGCCCAGGACUGCCGGCCGGGAGACGAGUUCGGGGCAGCAGCCAGGAGUUUCCCAACCACUUAACCUCUCUGAACCAAAACAACAUUGUUGCUGGAGCGCUUGUUUUUAAGGUAGAACUUUAGACUUCAUAGCACUGAAUUAACCUGCACUGAAAGCUGUUUACCUGCAGUUGUUCACUUUUGUUGAAAGUGACCAUGUCUCAAGUUCAAGUGCAAGUUCAGAACCCAUCUGCCGCUCUCUCAGGGAGCCAAAUACUGAACAAGAACCAGUCUCUUCUCUCACAGCCUUUGAUGAGUAUUCCUUCUACUACUAGCUCUCUGCCCUCUGAAAAUGCAGGUAGACCUAUUCAAAACUCUGCUUUACCCUCUGCAUCUAUUACAUCCACCAGUGCAGCUGCAGUUCCUUCUAACAUGGCACACCCCAAAGAGAAAACCCCAAUGUGUCUUGUGAAUGAGUUAGCCCGUUUCAACAAGAUUCAACCUGAGUAUAAGCUUUUGCGUGAGCAAGGUCCAGCUCACUGUAAGAAGGCAGCAGAGUGGCAGCAGCGCCGACGGGGACAGCCCUGGAGAAAGGUGUUUACAGUACAGCUAACACUUGGAGAUCAGCACUGGGAAGCUGAAGGAACUAGUAUUAAAAAAGCCCAACACACAGCUGCUGCCAAAGCUUUGGAAGGAACAAAAUUUCCUAAACCUAUAGUCCGCCCUUUUCGUAGCGAAGGAAGGAAUCCAGGUAUUAUGCGUGGGCCAAGACAGGUUCCUUUCAAAAGUGUGUCUAGAGAAAGCAUAACCCCUACUGUAGAGCUAAAUGCACUGUGCAUGAAACUUGGAAAAAAACCAAUGUAUAAGCCUGUCGACCCUUACUCUCGGAUGCAGUCCACCUAUAACUACAACAUGAGAGGAGGUGCUUAUCCCCCAAGGUACUUUUACCCAUUUCCAGUGCCACCUUUACUUUAUCAAGUUGAACUUUCUGUGGGAGGACAGCAAUUUAACGGGAAAGGAAAGACGAGACAGGCUGCAAAACACGACGCUGCUGCAAAAGCUUUGAGGACCCUGCAGAACGAGCCCCCACCCGAGAGGCUGGAGGUGAACGGAAGAGAAUCAGAAGAAGAAAAUCUCAAUAAAUCUGAAAUAAGUCAAGUGUUUGAGAUUGCACUUAAACGGAACUUGCCUGUGAAUUUUGAGUCUUUCCCUCUAAAACAGGUUGCCCGGGAGAGUGGCCCACCCCACAUGAAGAGCUUUGUGACCAGGGUGUCGGUUGGGGAGUUUGUGGGGGAAGGUGAAGGGAAGAGCAAGAAGAUUUCAAAGAAAAAUGCUGCUAUAGCUGUUCUUGAGGAGCUGAAGAAGUUGCCGCCCCUGCCUACAGUUGAGCGAGUGAAGCCCAGAAUCAAAAAGAAAACAAAAUGCAUAGUCAGGCUACAAAGCAGCCCGGAGUACGGCCAGGGGAUGAACCCGAUUAGCAGACUGGCCCAGAUCCAGCAGGCAAAAAAGGAGAAGGAGCCAGAGUACCUCCUCCUCACUGAGCGAGGCCUCCCGCGCCGCAGGGAGUUUGUGAUGCAGGUGAAGGUGGGAAACCACACUGCAGAAGGAUCAGGCACCAAUAAGAAGGUGGCCAAACGCAAUGCAGCCGAGAACAUGCUGGAAAUCCUUGGUUUCAAAGUCCCACAGGCUCAGCCCACCAAACCAGCCCUCAAAUCAGAGGAGAAGACACCCAUAAAGAAACCAGGGGAUGGAAGAAAAGUAACGUUUUUUGAACCUGGCUCUGGGGAUGAAAAUGGGACUAGCCAUAAAGAGGAUGAGUUCAGGAUGCCUUAUCUUAGUCAUCAGCAGCUGCCUGCUGGAAUUCUUCCCAUGGUGCCCGAGGUCGCCCAGGCCGUAGGAGUCAGUCAAGGGCAUCACACCAGAGAGUUCAGCAGGGUAGCCCCGAACCCUGCCAAGGCCACGGUAACUGCCAUGAUAGCCCGAGAAUUGUUGUAUGGGGGCACCUCACCUACAGCCGAGACAGUUUUAAAGAAUAACAUCUCUUCAGGCCACGCACCCCAUGGACCUCUCACGAGACCCUCAGAGCAGUUGGACUAUCUUUCCAGAGUCCAGGGAUUCCAGGUUGAAUACAAAGACUUCCCCAAAAACAACAAGAACGAAUUCGUAUCUCUCAUCAAUUGCUCCUCUCAGCCGCCCCUGAUCAGCCAUGGUAUCGGAAAGGAUGUGGAGUCCUGCCACGAUAUGGCUGCACUGAACAUUUUAAAGUUGCUGUCUGAGUUGGACCAACAAAAUACAGAGAUGCCAAGAACAGGAAAUGGACCAAUGUCUGUGUGUGGGAGGUGCUGAACCUUAUCUGGCCAUGAACCAUUGAAAAAUCCCAACAUACAUACUGAAAAUACUGAAACUGCUUUGAAAAUUUGGAACUUCUGAUACCUCCAGUGGGCCGAGAGACACGAUGGGUAAAGGACUGGAGACAGCAGUGGUGAAGAAGGCGGGGCCCCGAGGAGGCAGCAGCAUGGCCGCUCGCCUGUGCUAUGGUUUCUCCUCAUGCAGCAGCAGCUGCUGGGGGCCGGGCGGGCCUGCUGGCCACCCCGGCGCCACUGGGAAACCAGCGGGUCCAUGCCCCAGGCACCCUAGCGCUUGGUUAGGGUGGGGGGGGGUUGGUUUUUGGUUUUGGUUUUUUGGGGUGGUUUUUUUUUUCCUUGCUGUGUGAAAGAAGAAACAGAAAGCACGACUCCUUCUCAAACUGGCUCACUCAGACACUUUGGGACAAACCCUGGACACCACGCUGGAGAGAGGCCUUAGUCUGGCCCCAGAGCUGAAAGCACCAGAGAAAAUCACAUGCUUCCUACUCAGCCUGAGCUGACC